UUAUUGAAUUUACGAAAUUACGUUUUACAAUUUAUAAGCAAAUAUGAGCGACUUGCUUGACGAUGAUCUGGAGUUCCGCGGCGGUACGCUGCAACUGUCUUCGGAAAAUAACGCUGAAGAACAAGGAGGAAGUAAUAAUACUCUGGGUGUUAACACAAGCAAGCCUUCAAUAUUGUCGGGAGCAGACUCCUUGCCUUCGAAUUCGUCUACGUCGUCCCUUGCCGAAGGCAGGCCACAAGAGCAGGCUAAUGCUUCCGCAGCCCCACCAGAACAAACCGUAUACCCCCGCUAUGAUGUGCCGUUCAACCGGGAGAACAUUCAGGAUUUCUUCACGUUCCGGAAGGGAGUUGUUGAGGCUGCCAUACAGGAGUGCAUCACAGUCCUACUGUUCCCUGAGGAUGGGGAGUACCUUGGCUCUUGGCUGCUCACAGAAAUAACCCUCUGGGACAAUGAGAAGGAGCGAAUAGUCCUGCUAACGUCCCGGCUAGUUAUGACCAUAAAGUACGACUUCAUUGCCAUGAAGCAGCUGGACUUCAAGAAGACAUACCUGGACGACCUGGACACCAUCGUGAUUGGGGAGCUGGUGUACCCACCUUCUUCUUUAGUGCCUCGGUUGAACGGCAUAGCGACUGGCGUCACUACGGUGGUGAAGGACGUGGUGAUCGACCGCCUGUGCCGCCGGCCCAGCGACGACGGGGACGCCAAACUGUUUGAUUACAAGUAUUUUGAACCUAGAGAACGUAACCUACGCGGAGUUCGUCUCAUGUGGAACAAAGGAGAGCCCCUGUCGCUCAAAAUGGCGUGGAACCCUUUUAGUCAGGACGUCCCGUUUAUUACCUUCGCUUCGCAUCCUAUUUACUGGCAUAAAGACGACGAAGUAGAAGAGCGCUCCACAUACGACAUGGAAAUCUUCGCCCAAAAGCUACAAAGGGCCGUCGAAGCUAUGGCCUCGUCAUCCUGCUGUAUACACCACGCGCCUAUAGUCAUACAGAGUUACGUAGGAGUGACGUCACUACUGCACAAUAAGACUAGUAUGGGCUUCUUCAAGGUCAGAGGGAAGUUUAGUUUUUAAAUACCAAGGCCUAUGACAUUAGUGUCUAAUUUCCGUGACAACGUUUCAAAAAGAAAAAUUCUAAAUGUACGCCCGAACGCGCCUAUAGUACAUUACUCAUUUAAAAUCGUUAACCAAGCUGAAAGGCAAACAUUUUUUUCAAAUUUUGACGUUGCCAAUUGAUGUAAGAUGAUAGAAUACCUACCUACUCUUUAUUGGCAUACCUCAGCAAAAAUACAGCGGAGACAAAACAAUUGAUUAUAAAACCCUUGUGUAGUACAUAUUUAUAUGAGAUAACGUUCAAGUAAAUUAUGGCUUUAGUUCGUUUUGUAAUAGGAAUACAGAUUGAUAAUAACUAAACUAAAUAAUAUUUUAUACUUUUGUUUUUUCAUACGAGUAGCUUUCUCAAAGAAACAAAAUCUAUCCCAAUUUGGUAAAGAUAUAGUGAUUGAAAUACCUCUUGCCUU